GCGCGACCGGCCGCAGUCCCACGUGAAGCGCGACGCGAGCAUCGCUCGGCGGGUCGCUCCCCGCUCGCCGCGGAGCGUUCCGGAAGCCGCCGGGAACCGGAAGUGGCCCGCGGCGGCUCAGAAGCUAAUCCCGGAGCUCGGUGCGAGGCGCCUCGGAGCGCGGCGACGGCGCCAUGUCCCUGAUCUGCUCGAUCUCCAAUGAAGUGCCAGAGCACCCGUGCGUGUCCCCUGUCUCUCACCAUGUCUACGAGCGGCGGCUCAUUGAGAAGUAUAUUGCAGAGAAUGGCACAGACCCCAUCAACAACCAGCCUCUGUCCGAGGAGCAGCUCAUCGACAUCAAAGUUGCUCACCCCAUCCGGCCCAAACCUCCCUCAGCUACCAGCAUCCCAGCCAUUCUGAAAGCCUUGCAGGAUGAGUGGGAUGCGGUCAUGCUGCACAGCUUCACUCUGCGCCAGCAGCUGCAGACAACCCGCCAGGAGCUGUCCCAUGCUCUGUACCAGCACGAUGCCGCCUGCCGUGUCAUUGCCCGUCUCACCAAGGAAGUCACUGCGGCCCGAGAAGCCCUGGCUACCCUGAAGCCGCAGGCGGGUCUCAUCGUGCCCCAGGCUGUGCCAAGCUCCCAGCCAAGUGUCGUGGGUGCAGGCGAGCCAAUGGAUUUGGGCGAGCUUGUGGGAAUGACCCCCGAGAUUAUCCAGAAGCUUCAAGACAAGGCUACUGUGCUAACCACGGAGCGUAAGAAGAGAGGGAAGACGGUGCCUGAGGAGCUGGUGAAGCCAGAAGAGCUCAGCAAAUACCGGCAGGUGGCCUCCCACGUGGGGUUGCACAGUGCCAGCAUUCCUGGGAUCCUUGCCCUGGACCUCUGCCCCUCCGACACCAACAAGAUCCUCACUGGUGGGGCGGAUAAAAAUGUCGUCGUCUUCGACAAGAGUUCUGAGCAAAUCCUGGCCACCCUCAAAGGCCAUACCAAGAAGGUCACCAGUGUGGUGUUUCACCCUUCCCAGGAGCUGGUGUUUUCCGCCUCCCCAGAUGCCACUAUCAGGAUUUGGUCGGUCCCGAACGCCUCUUGUGUACAGGUUGUUCGGGCCCAUGAGAGUGCUGUGACAGGCCUCAGCCUCCACGCCACUGGUGACUAUCUCCUGAGCUCCUCUGAUGACCAGUACUGGGCCUUCUCUGACAUCCAGACAGGGCGUGUGCUCACCAAGGUGACAGAUGAGACCUCUGGCUGCUCUCUCACCUGUGCACAGUUCCACCCUGAUGGACUCAUUUUUGGAACAGGAACCAUGGACUCUCAGAUCAAGAUCUGGGACUUGAAGGAGCGCACCAACGUGGCCAACUUCCCUGGCCACUCGGGCCCCAUCACCAGCAUUGCCUUCUCUGAGAAUGGCUACUACCUGGCUACAGCGGCUGAUGACUCCUCCGUCAAGCUCUGGGAUCUGCGCAAGCUUAAGAACUUUAAGACACUGCAGCUGGAUAACAACUUUGAGGUGAAGUCACUGAUUUUUGACCAGAGUGGUACCUACCUGGCCCUUGGGGGCACGGACGUCCAGAUCUACAUCUGCAAGCAGUGGACGGAGAUCCUGCACUUCACAGAGCACAGCGGCCUGACCACGGGGGUGGCCUUUGGGCACCACGCCAAGUUCAUCGCGUCAACAGGCAUGGACAGGAGCCUGAAGUUCUACAGCCUGUAGGCCCUGCCCCUUCUGUCAGGAGCUGGGCCUCAUCUCAGUAGUGGGGUAGAGUUAGGGCUGGGGUGGGGGGAGGAAGG